AUGAGCACAGUCACACUAAAGCCUGUUGCUGGCUUCUGCGUCAAAACAACUGUUGCGAACACUCAAAGCAAAGUCUUCGUCAAUGUCGCCUACGACAAGAAUAUUCCUCCGCCCACCACCGCCUCUACCGACUAUACUGAAUGGACCAUUCCCGUCCUCGUCUCCGAUCCCCGCAAAGAUGUCGAUAAAGCUGGAUCUUCUUGUCUAGUCUUCGACUGCAUCUACAAUCCCAGUAUAAAGUCGAACAUCACCCAGCUCGACUCCGACUUCCGUCUCUUCAUCAUCGAGCUUUCUUUCCAACGCAUAGAAGCACAGUCAGGGAAUACUGUUCUACUCACGCGCACCCACAUCAAAUCACCCAACAUCAAGUCCAAAGGAAAGCUCGAGGAACGGACAGUAACUCUGCCAGAUCCCAAACCGAGGCUGAAACCGGCACACAAACCUAUCAUUGAGACUAUAGGUGAUACUAACGCGGAAAAGUCGAGCUUGAAUUCGAAACCAAAGUCGAUCCUAAAGAGUCCUGCCAGUGGGGAUCCGAGCUCAGUCAUUAACCGACCAUCAUGGUCGUGGGCGAAGGAGCCAAUAAUCGGAGACGAGUACACAAUCGCUCUGACUAUCCUCGUUCCGUCCCUUACACAUUCCCUGCACGCAACCGCAUCCCUCGACAUUGAACCCCGUCGCAUCAUAUUCUCCGUCCCUUCCAUUUACUUCCUCGACCUCAAUAUAGCUCUCGAUGACGCUGAAUUCGUUGCACUCAAGCGUCUUCGAGCCUUCGACGUCGACAAUGCACGCGCAGAAUGGAGUGUGCGUAAACAUACUUUGACUAUCUACUGUUAA